GUUUACCGUUAAUCUAUCGAUAUUAUCAUGUUGUUGAAUUAUUAGGUUUAGGAAUGGCAAGGAAUCCAGGUAAUUGGGCUACGCAACAUUUUGUAGUUUUGCAAAAUAAAAUCGGGUGUAAGCGAUCGUAGUACAAAAUAUAUGUCUUCGAAUAUCAUUUAGAAGGUGUUUAGACAAUUUAGUUUUUUUGUGUUAAAUAAUAUCUCUCUAUUAAAUAUAUAUAAAAAUAGUUGAAAAAUUGAUAAUAUUUGCAAAAAUACUGAAUUUUUUUUUGGAUGCAAAUGUAGUUCAAGCGAGAAAUCUUGUCAUUCCAUCCUCUUUUACUCGUAUCUUGAUUUAUGCAGCGAAUGUAUAAAGCAUACAAAAUUCAUAUGGACUGAGAUGUGGAUUUAAACUAUCAUAUAGAAUUAUCACUCAAUGAUAAAAUUCAGCUAAAAAGAAUUAAAAACUCGGUAGAAAAUAAUAGAUUUCUUAAAUAUGAACUUUAUCUUGAGACAUUUCAGCACUAGUUCCGUUAUAAAAAUAAAAGGAAAAGAUCAACCAUAUUUGAGUGAACUCACUAUUACAAAUUGUAGCUUUUGAUUUACUAGAAUACAAUCAACUGUUGAGUUCAAGUUUUAUGAUAGAAAUAAGUAAUUAUAAACUCUCGUCAAGUUUUCUUUUUGCUUAUAUGUACUAGUUUAAGAUGUUACUUAAUCAAUCGCUUCAAACCGAAGUAGUUAGGACAAAUAGUUUCCAGUCAUUGUAUUUUAUGAUAAUGUACGUGAAGCCAGUAGAAUCAAAAUGUUUUAAAUUGAUUGUUAAAUAAAUCUCUUAGCGAAAUAAAGCAAGUUAGUUUGUGAAACACAUCGGACACUUAAAUAUUCAUUUUCUAUUUACAACUAGUUUUUUUUGACAGUAAGUCAGUCAGUUGGUCAUGAAAUAGUUUCGCGUGCCUCUAUAAUGACUUCUAUAUUUUCCUUUAUUUCAUUGGACUCUUUUAAUAUAUAUCACUACAAGUGUAUUAACUGGUGAACAAUUUUGAAUAUCUAUUGGAUAAUUAGAAAAAAGACAUCGAUAGUUAAUAUGUUUCUAAAUGAAUAUAAUUCACUAUAAUCAUGUCAACAAUAGACAACAAGAAAGCAUUGUCUUCUUCAAAAUAUCCUAUAAGAGAACAUCAUGAUGAUAACAAUGAUAAUAUUAUAGAAACAAAAGAUAAUAUUGACGAAAUUAUCAUUGAACAGGUAUUUAUCUGAACUAUGUCUAGAACUUUUUAUAAGAUUGUUUCAUUUUUAUAAUCAAACUUUUAAGAGAAUAUAAGUUGCAAUAUGAAACUUGUUCCUCCUUCAGGUUCACACAGUUAAUGAUUGGGAACAUGCUGAUCUUGGCGAUGAACAACGUAAACAAAAAUUUCUUCGAUUAAUGGGUGCAAAAAAACGUAAAGAUGAAGGUCGAAUAGAUACAAAAGAUAUUCAUGAUACAGUUCAUGAAGAUCAAUUCUUAUUGGAUAAGAAACAUUGUCGUUCAAAAGUCGAAAAUGAAACAAUUGAUCGUGAACUCGAAAAACAAUUCAAUGAAGGUUUACAAUCAAAAAUUCUACAUACACACCAUGAAGGUCUUGGUUUUUAUGAAAAUGAAACAGCAAAUAAUGCUUCUAGUUCACAAGAUUGGCAUCAUCAACAAAUAACAACAAAAUUUGUUCCAGCUAAAUUAGAAAAUGGAUCACUAUCAAAUAGUAAAGAAGAAACAAAAUUGAAUUAA